UAGUCACAGUGCACCUGGACAGAACAACCUCAGCACUAAUUUUUUGUGGAAGCGUUUUCUUCCUGUUUACGAACUCACGUGUAGAACCCACGCAGCGAGUUUCUCCUCGGUUUGAUUGACUAGAUGUGGAAGGAGGCUGGACUCCACUCCACACUCAAGUCCCGCCUCGCGCGUGUUUCUUACUGGGGAACUAAAGCUAUAAAAUGAAGCGCUUUGGCACAAUAACAGGGGGACAGCGAGAAGCUAGAGAUCACCUGGUGAACUGUUGUACGGACACUUGAGUCAGUCUGAUGCGUUAACCACCGGAGAGACGUCGCUGACUGGGUUUCCUCUCACUUCCACACCGAAAAGUCUUCCAUCCAGUCGCCGGGUGAGGACGGAGCAGAACCAUGGCGGGAGACGGUUCGGACCAGCGAGCCCUGCAGUAUGAGCAAACCUUGAUGUAUGGGCGUUACACCCAGGAACUCGGGGUGUUUGCCAAAGAGGAGGCUGCCCGGCUGAAGGAGAGUGGGCAGAGGCGCUCGACAAGCGAGCGCAGCCGGACCCAGGACCUGCUGGAGUACAAGGGACGCUGCGCCAAGUGCCAUAGGUCAGGGUACCCGUAUGUUCUGGAGGCCCCAGCCCAGGAUUUUAUCUCUGUCUGCACAGUUCGUUGCCAGAAAUUCCUGAUCUCACGGGUUGGGGAGGACUGGAUCUUCCUGAUACUGCUUGGACUGGUCAUGGCCCUUGUCAGCUGGGUUAUGGACUUUUGCAUCGCUGUCUGCCAACAAGCACAAACCUGGAUGUAUGGUGGUCUGGACAGUAACGUGUUCCUGCAGUAUCUGGCCUGGGUCACCUACCCGGUGGUCCUGAUCACCUUCUCUGCCGGCUUCACUCAGAUCCUCGCCCCGCAGGCUGUUGGUUCUGGUAUCCCUGAGAUGAAGACCAUCCUACGAGGGGUGGUGCUGAAGGAAUAUCUCACUCUCAAAACGUUUGUGGCCAAAGUCAUUGGGCUCACCUGCGCCCUGGGCAGCGGCAUGCCCCUGGGCAAGGAGGGUCCCUUUGUACACAUCGCUAGUUUGUGUGCUGCUCUCCUCAGCAAGUUUAUGUCUCUGUUUGGAGGAAUCUAUGAGGAGCCAGGUCUAGUAGGGAUUAAGGACUUCAGUCUCCUGGGAACCAAGAAUGAGUCGAGGAACAUCGAGAUGCUGGCGGCAGCCUGUGCGGUUGGAGUGGGCUGCUGCUUUGCUGCCCCCAUAGGAGGUGUCUUGUUCAGUAUUGAAGUAACAUCCACAUUCUUUGCUGUGAGGAACUAUUGGAGAGGUUUCUUUGCAGCUACCUUCAGUGCCUUCAUCUUCAGAGUGCUGGCUGUUUGGAACAGGGAGGAAGAGACCAUCACGGCACUUUUCAAAACCCGUUUCCGUUUGGAUUUUCCCUUUGACCUCCAGGAACUUCCUGCCUUCGCUGUCAUAGGUAUUGCCAGUGGAUUCGGUGGUGCUUUGUUCGUCUACCUGAACCGACUAAUAGUCCAGUUCAUGAGAAAGCAAAAGACCAUCAACAAAUUCCUCAUGAAAAAACGACUGCUGUAUCCAGCACUGGUCACUUUACUGAUUUCAACGCUGACAUUUCCACCUGGAUUUGGACAGUAUAUGGCUGGAAAGUUGACUCAGAAAGAGUCUCUGGUGACUUUGCUGGACAACCGGACUUGGGCCAAACAGGGCAUUGCUGAGGAAUUCGACUACAUUGGACAUUCCCAAGCCUGGCAACACCCGCAAGUCAACGUCUUUGUCACACUGGUUCUCUUCAUCGUCAUGAAGUUCUGGAUGUCUGCCUUGGCCACCACCAUUCCAGUGCCCUGUGGAGCCUUCAUGCCUGUGUUUGUCAUCGGAGCAGCCUUUGGCCGUCUGGUUGGAGAAAGCAUGGCAGCCUGGUUCCCUGAUGGCAUUCAAUCAGAUGGGUCCAUCUAUCCCAUAGUGCCAGGAGGCUAUGCUGUUGUGGGUGCUGCAGCCUUGUCAGGAGCGGUCACCCACACCGUUUCCACUGCGGUCAUUGUGUUUGAGCUGACUGGUCAGAUCUCCCACAUCCUGCCGGUGAUGAUAGCUGUGAUCCUUGCCAAUGCCGUGGCUCAGUCUUUACAGCCGUCGCUCUACGACUCCAUCAUCAGGAUCAAGAAACUGCCCUACCUCCCAGAGCUGGGCUGGGGUCACCACGAGAAAUAUAACAUCCGCGUGGAGGACAUCAUGGUGCGAGAUGUACGGUACAUCACCCUCAACUGCUGCUAUCGAGACCUGCAUAACGUUCUGAUGUCUGGCCACCUCAAGACUCUGGCAUUGGUGGAGUCUGCUGAGUCGAUGAUCCUGUUGGGCUCCAUAGAAAGUGCCCAGCUGCAGUCGCUGCUCUCCCAACAGCUCAGUCGCAGUAGGCGGAUGGAGUACAUCAUGGAGCGGGCUGCAGCGGAGAAAAAACACCCGUCGGUUGUGUCAAACAGCAACAGCGAGGAUGGCCGCCAGCGGACCAGCCAGGAGGUCCGCUUCCAGAUCUCUACUGAGGAGUCCACCUUCAGUCCAACCCAUCCAGUUAGUCAGAAGCCUCUCAAACCUGCACUGAAAAGAUCAUCUGUGGCAGAGAGGACCACUCAGCUUCCCACAAGCCCACAGGAUCAUUCCGGCAUAGCUUUGAAGAGCCUGUUCUGCUCCAGUCCAGACGUAGAAGCUCUGGAGAAAAACAACAAUAUGGAGAGCCCAGUGUCUCCUGAGCAAAGGAGGCCAUCCAAACGAGUCCGGAUAUCUGUCGUGGAGCUUCCUCCAGGCCUAAAGGGUUUCUCUGUGGAUGAUGGAGAUGUGGAAGACGACAUGACACUAAGAGAGAUUGCAGAGUGGGAGGAGAGGCAGCUUGAUGAGCAAGUCAACUUCAACAACUGCAAAAUUGACCCUGCCCCUUUCCAGCUGGUGGAGCGCACUUCGCUGCAUAAGACUCACACCAUUUUCUCCUUGCUGGGCCUCGACCACGCCUAUGUUACCAGCAUUGGACGUCUCAUCGGGGUGGUUUCCCUCAAGGAGCUUCGCAAAGCCAUCGAGGGCUCAGUGACUGUAAAAGGAGUGAAGGUGCGUCCACCUCUGGCCAGCUUCAGGGAUAGCGGAACCAGCAGCAGCGAGACUGAGGCAACUGAGCUCCACAAGCUGUGGGACCGCCACAGGAGCGUGUCGCUGCCAAGGGAACACGCCACGUCAGAGUCCGACGAGAGGUCCCAGUGAGGGGGAGGACAAAAAGGAAGAGAUGCGGGUGGGGGAAGAGGAGGUGAAGGAUGAAUUGAGGUCUUUAAUCUCCAAAGCCACAAAUAUCCAAAACUCCUCAGGGCCACAGAUCAUUAUUUAAAUGUAGAAAGUUCUGCUACGCCAGCCUUCUUUCCUCUCUCCUUAUCUGCUGCUCUACCUCCUCCAACACCACCUUUCUGCUUCUUCACCUGCCCGGUGCUUCCUCCAGGAGCCUUGCGAUGACCCAGACAGACACUCCACAGGAAGAGCUAAACACGUGUCCAUGGCUUUCCAUUUACCCACAGUAUAACGUGUUCGUCAUCUCCCAAGCUGUGACUGGGUCUUUUUAAAAGGGAUGUUUUUGUAGACUUUAUUAUUUUAUAUGUUUUGCUUGUUUGUCUUCCACUUGAGUUAUGAAAUUACCCAGUGACAACAUGGGAGAAUACUGUAAUGCUCUGGAAGUGUGAAUGUAUGAAAGGGGAAAAUGUGAGUGUGCAUGAAGAGAAGCGUAGCAAUGACUUUUACCCUAUAGGAUUGGUUUUUUUUUUUACUGCCUUUAGAACAUAUUUCUGCAGAUAUCUGUGAUGAGGUCUAAUCCUGGCAAAUCAGGUGGUGAGGAGGAUCACUACAGUUUGUCCCACUACCAAGCAUUGAACUGAUAAGGGGACAGAUGCUGAAGUAGUAUGUCGUCUUUGUCUUUUCCUGCGCAUGCUCAUCCCUUCACUGCUAGACGUUCAUGUUGAGCGCAGCGAGCCGACGGGCCUGUUGGCACCUUAAUGUACACUCCUUUUAUACUGUGGCUGUGGCAUCCAGCUAAAUCCAGCUCAGUCAGAGUUUCUGAGAGUGUUAGGGAAGAUGAAGAGGACUGGAAGGAGGAAGGACAGGAGCAAAUGGAUGUGUGGAAGAAUGAAGACGUUACCUACCGAGCUGCUCUGGAUGCUCAUCAAUCUGAAUUUAUUACCUGUGAGCUGAUAUUACAUCAUCUCAGAGACACAACAAAAACCACACUUGUAUAAUGGUACCAGAUGAUAUGCUGAUGAAAAAUUCAAUGACCACUGAAGGAAAUCUAUAACUGACCAACGGGGAGCGUUUUAACAUGUUCAGUCGGACACAAUAACUAGUCUACCUGCUGGACUAUUUCAGACUAUUGUUAACCAGGAGCCCGAGGUAUGAGUGUGCAACAGCACUGUGUUUUCUGAUCACUGACAUGGCAAAUAACACUAAAUACUUCAUCGUUCAUGUCUUCCAUAAUUCUCCAGGCUCCAUGUUCUCUCUGUUCACUUAGAGGAAAACAUUUCUUCCAGCUCCUCCUUCUUUUCCGGUCCACGUUUUUUCUCAGCGCAUGUUUUUGAACCAGGCAAGGAUUUUUGCCACCAUUUUAUUGCCUUAAAAACACUCCCAACCUUCCAAUGUCGCUUUAAUCUUCAGUGCAUUUAAAUAGAUUUAGGUUGGGUUCUGCAGAGUAGAAACUGUUUGCGGUGACAAAGCAUGGCUUUGCAUGAGAGAAAGCAUGUGGCAUUUGUUUUAUAUGAUCCAAACGUACCAAACGCAACAGAGACAAUGUGACGGGUGAAUGAUGUUAUAGAUUUGCCAUCCUGUGCCUGUAUUUUCUACCAUUGUGCAGCAUCUCCCUCCUAUCCAGUAAGCUCUAGUCAUUAGCUGAUUUUUAAAUGGGGUGUGUGGUCUUUGGGGGGGGGGGUCAGAAACAUACAGAUUAAUAUAUUUAAUAUCAGUAGUAAUGUAAAAUCAUGAUAUAAUGUCUUAACCAAUCUUACUUGUUGACUUUUCUCUCUUUUGUUUCAGAAGAGAUUUUUUUUGUUUCAUGUUUAUCUUUUGUCACUUUUUAAUGUUUAAAUGCUAUUUUUUUAUAUUUAACAUUCAGUCUGAAGCAUAUCUGCAGUCCAGAUUUAUUUGUGAAGUGCCAACACACUAACAGGGUUGUAGCUUGCGGCGCGUGUCUGAUGGCAAACCGAAGAACCAGAAUAUUGAAGUUAACUUUGAAGGAAUGAACUCGCUCAUUCCACAAGUGCCUCCUUCUCUUUGUCAGUGGGAAUAAACAGUGCACACACAUGUAGACGAGGCACUUCUUACACUCGUCCCCAAAUAUGUAAGUGGUUUGAUGAUGUUUCACAGAGGUGUGCAGUCAUCACCAUAGCAACCGUGGUGUCUGCUCAAUCCGGGGCGAGCUGAACGCUCCACUCAUUUGGUUCUGUUCAUUUGUUAGUGCUUUUUCAUCGAUUUCCAUUGUUCUGCCAUGUCCUUUCACCUCACCUCAGACGUCUCGUCUCAUCUGCUGCAGAGCGAGGUCGCUGCUCUUUUUCAGCCCGCAUUAAUCACUGUAGAAGUUGUACAUUUUCUUUUUAUUGAUGGAUCUGCUUGUGGGUAAUUGAUUUGUGCAAUAACAGUAGUUCAUCUCAUUUUCUAGUCCUGUUUUAAUUGAUGACAUGAACGCAAGAUAACCUUAUUUUUGUAAAGAAAUCUGAAAUGGGUAAAAAGAUUUAUGUACACAAGAAGAGGUAGCAUGGUAAGAUCUUUGACUGUUUGUAGAGGAAGGUUUCCCAGAAGUCUCUGGAAAUUAAAAUCCACAUUACCACAUUAAUUUGCACAUUUGAUGCCUCAGUUUGGCUUUUUGGAAACCUUCUCUGAAAGAUUCUGUGGUGAAGCUGCUGCAUGGACUGUAGCUGGUGCUCUCAUCCAAGCCCCCCUGGGCACUGACUGGGAGUCAGUUUAUAAUGAUUCCCUCCCUCCUGUGCGGGUUUGAUGAGACCAGAUCUUGCAUCCACUCCACAUGGCUUGUAAUGUACAGCAAGCCAUGUGGACCACACCUGAGAGAGCGGGGAACAAAAUUCAGAACUAUUUUUCACAUGGAAAAUUGAAACAUUGCUUUUUGAAUAAAUAUGAUUUUAACAAACGAG